AUGAUAUCAAUCUUCUCUGACAUAGUGGAAGACACCUUUGAGGUAUUUAUGGAUAACUUUUCAGUGGUAGGUGAUUUUUUUGAGCUGUUUUUGGUAAAUCUGAGUAGAGCAUUGCAAAGAUGUGAGGAUUUCAACGUAGUGCUGAAUAGGGAGAAAUGCAAAUUCAUGGUGAAGGAGGGCAUUGUUAUUGGUCACAAAAUUUUAUCUACGGGAAUCGAAGUUAACCUGGAAAAGGUCAAGGAGAAGUUAGUUGAUGCCCCAAUCAUUGUUGCACCGGAUUGGUCGAUGCUGUUCGAAAGCAUAUGUGAUGCAAGCGGAGUGGUGCUUGGGGCUGUACUCGGCCAAAAGAAAGAUAGGCUAUUUUAUCUCAUCUAUUAUGCAAGAAAGGCAUUGAAUGAGGCUCAUAAGAAUUACACUGUUACUGCGCAGGAACUUCUCGCUAUGGUCUAUGCAUUUGAUAAGUUAUGUGCUUAUUUAUUAGGGACCAAGGUAGUAGUACCUACAGACCACACCGCUUUGAGGCAUUUGAUGGCAAAUAAGGAUGCUAAUCCAAGGCUAAUCAUAUGGGUAUUGCUUCUUCAUGAAUUUGACUUUGAAGUCAAAGAUCAAAAAGGAGGUGAAAAUCAAGUUCCAGAUCACCUGUCCAGACUUGAGAGGGAUCAAGUAGUCAAGGAUGAGUUUGCAAUUGAUGUUACCUUUCCAAAUGAGAAAAUCCUGGCUGCUGCACUUGAAAGAGUACCUUGGUACGCAGACGUUACAAAUUAUAUGGAUGAUCUAUAUCUAUUUCGGCUGUGUGCAGAUAACAUUAUCAAGUGGUGUAUCCCAGAGGUGGACACAUUGAGUAUCCUGGAAGCUUGUCAUGCUUCUCCGAUUGGUGGUCACCUUGAAGGUGACCGUACUACGAGGAAAGUGCUGCAGAGCGGUUGUUAUUGGAUGACCUUAUUCAAAGAUGCAUAUGAGUUCAUGAGGAGGUUGAAAUACAUAUUGGUUGCCAUCAAUUAUGCAUCAAACUGGGUUGAGGCAGUUGGUUUGGUUGAUAAUGAAGGCAAAAGAGUGGUGGCUUUUUUCAAAAAGAACAUCUUUUCCCAUUUUGGAGUGCCAAGGACUAUCAUUAGCGAUGGGGGAUCCCACUUUUGCAACAAAACAUUCCAUGCUUCUUUGUUGAAAUACGGUGUGAAGAAGCAUAAGGUGGCCUCUUCAUAUCACCCACAAACCAGUGGGCAAGAGGAAGUUUCAAAUAGGGAGAUAAAAGCAAUCUUUGGCUAA